CUCGUUGAAAACCUUGAUCAGUCUGCAAAAUGGGCCGGCAGUAGUAAGGAGAAUAAAGGCCUUGCAAUCCUGCGAUCUUUAACAGGGUUUGCUUGCGCCUCAUACUACGGCUCUCGUGCGAACCAUGUUGUUGGAGACGGGGCUUCAAGGAACAUUGCAAGCCUUACGACAAUUGUGGAUUCAGCGAGGAAUCAGGCAAACCGGACCCCUUCACUAUUAGUCCUGGGACCACUCGGUUGACAGAGUGGUUGCGCUGUAAUGUUCCAGGGAAAGUCACAAGCGCACAAAUCUCUUGUACAGCCUCUUUAGUAACAAAGGUUUCAUGACACUCAAACAAAUCGAAGCGGACUGAUCGAUUGUCGGACUACAGCAUUACAAUCUGGUCAUAGACAAUCAUUCGCGUCCUAGUCCAACUGCACAAUUUCCCACAAUGGAGGAAGAGGGGCCUGGACCAAGUGGAGCAGAACAGGCAUGGCUUCCUAGUCCAGAAUCAGAAGCAGUUCCACCAGAGCCAGCAGACUCUAUGUCCCCAGUCCCAACAAAAGAAGCAACCUCGUCCUCCAAGGCACCAAAUGAAACUCCAAGCGAACCAGAACUUGCUCGGUCCAAGUCCAAAGCUGGGGAUGCAGAAUGGAAUGCAGAUACACUGUCAGAGGAAGGAGAGGAUGCUGAACUAGAGGAGGCAGAAAAGGAAGUGUUGGUGACGAUCUUGGAAGCUGUGGAGAACGGAAGCUUGGAGCACCUUAGGGCGGGCAUUGAGAGGAGGGCCGACCUGGAGGAAAGCUCGGAGACCUUUGGAGACACCCCACUGAUCCUUGCUGCAAAGUACGGUCGCUCUGUCUAUGUCAAGAUCCUCAUCCAAGCGGGCGCUGAUGUCAAUGCAAUCAACAAGCUGGGAGACACGGCUCUACACUGGAUGGCCUUCAAAGGCGACGAGGCGUGCGUCUCGUUGCUCCUGGACCACGGAGCGCGCAUCGAUACCGCAGGGGAGUACGAGAACCGGCCGUUGCAUCUAGCGUGCAGUGCGGGGCACCUAAAAGUCGUCAGCAAAUUGCUGCAGCAGGGGGCUAGCGUGACAGCCAAGAACAGCUUUGGGAACUCUCCCCUGGACAUGGCCACGAACUCGAACAUCAGGAGAAUGGUGAAGGCGGUGCAGACGAACGGCGACAGCGAACGGGAGCGGCUGCAGGAAGAGGCCGCCGAGGAGGAGCGGCGGAAGCUGGCAAAGGAGGAGGAGGAGGACCGGAAGCGGGCGGAAAAGGAACGGACCCGACGGGAAGCGGAAGCCAAGGACGAGCAACGGCGGCAAGAGGUGGCGGCUGAAGAGAACCGGGUGGAAGAAGCGGCGCUCGCGCGCAUUCGGAAAGCGGAAGAGGCCCUCCGGAAAGCGGAAGAAGACGCGAGGCUAGCGGAAGAAGCCGCGCAAGAAGCUGAGAGGGCACGGAAACAGGCAGAAGAGGACGCGAAGAAGAAAGCAAAGAAGAGCAAAAAAGAUAAAAAGAAGUAGCAGAGCGUAAUCCAGAAUAUCCUGACGUAUGCGACGAUUGGGUGUUAGUUAGCGCCUAACGAGUGCUCGUUAGGCCCUCGUCACUGUUGAAGCUUUGCGCGUAGAACCAUGAAGCGGAUCAAUGAAUCGAUAAGCACUGAAAACUCAAUGUCACUAGCUUGUCAGAACAAAAAUACCUCUGUUAGAGCGCAGGCUGGGACAGGUGUCAGAAAUUGUGAGGGCAAUCCGUAAUUGUCUAUGGGGCUCUGUUCUAGGUCUCUGGCCUCCUUCAGGCUGAGUCGACACCAUUCAUGCAACGGGCCGAUAUCCUUGCGU